GGCUCAGGGGCAAACUGUGCGCGUGGAUGUGUAGAGAGCCGGGCUCCACAAUCCUGGAAAGACUGAACGUUAACCCACCAGCCUCCAGCCGGCAGACACACCGGGCAACAAGUGACGCACGGACGCGCGCCUAUAGAUCAAAGUCGGGUCACACUCGGACCUGCAGCAGAAGAUGGAGCGCAGAAUCCCAGAUUUCUCCGGCACGUGGGAGAUGAAGAGCUCUGAAAACUUCGAGGAGCUCCUGAAAGCUUUGGGCGUGAACGUGAUGCUGCGCAUGAUCGCAGUGAAGGCUGCCUCGAAGCCGCUGGUAGAGAUCACGCAGGAUGGAGAGAAGCUGUCCAUCAAAACGUCCACCACGGUCCGCACCACCCACAUCACCUUCACCGUGGGGCAGGAGUUCAACGAGAGCACGGUGGACGGCCGGCCGUGCACGAGUUUUCCACGCUGGGAAACGGACUCUAAGAUCAGCUGCGAGCAGAUUCUGCAGAAAGGAGAGGGACCCAAGACCUCCUGGACCCGGGAGAUCACAAGUGACGGCAAGCUGAUCCUGACCAUGAGGGCGGACGACGUCGUGUGCACCAGAGUUUACGAACGAAAAUGAGGAGCACUUCUCAUCUAUUGUCCUUCCAGCUCCCCAACCCGUCCACCUUAGCGUCACCACGUCCAUCGUCACAUUGUAUUUGUACCGGGAGACAACGAGCUGUAGUUUUAUUCCAGUUUCUCUGUUAGCUUCACUGUCUAACUGUCGUAUUUACAUUAUAACAUGACCCAUCCAACCUGCGAGCUCUUCCAGAUAGUUCUCUGCU